AUGAUUCGCCCACUGUAUCUCGCGGGGCGUCUGAGGUCCUUCCAGAUACUCGCCUUGUUUCUUGUCUUCUGUAUUCUUCUCACUUCAUACCGGUCGUACCAUGGAAACCAUCCUCCCCCCAGCAUCUACGAUUACACGGAUGGGAAUACGGCCGAGACACGGCUCAACGACACAUCAACUGACCCCAAGGCAUCAGAAGAGUUCAGAUAUUUGACGGAUUUGGUCCACCAAUACGGUCUUACCAAAGACAUUCCUUGGUUUGCACAAAGGAUACGGCCAACGUUUAAGUCAAGUUCGAGGAGUAGUAUGACGAAGGUGUCGACAAGAUUUCUGUCACACGGUUUGUGUAGGGUUCGAACGGAAGACGACGAGGGUCUCGAACUGCGCGCCGAAAAGGCUCUUCAGCUUUCUGUGAGCAAGUCGCCUACACCCGAUCAAAUUGAUGCAUCCUCCCUCAUCUUCGGGAUAUCCACUUCGUACGACCGCAUCGUCUACUCAAACGUCUCACUCAUCAACGACUGGGCGCGCUGGCUCACCGAUGGAAAGGGACGCUCGAAUGGCGCCAGUCUGGUGCUUUCAUUGCACCAUGCUAGCAAAGUAGAAGUGGGUUACGUCAGUACCAAGAUGAGGGAGGUAGGUAUUGACGCCGUGGUCUUAUCUAACGAUAACCAUUUGGACAUUACGGCACGCUAUGUUGAAAUGGUGCGCAUGCUGACUCAUCGCAAUGAAGAAUUGACAAAGGAGGGCCAAGAGAAGAAUUUACUCGCCUUGGUCGAUGACGACGUCUUCUUUCCGUCACUGGGAAGGCUGCUUGGAGAGGUGGGCAAGUUUGAUGCCAGGAAAAAUUUGUAUCUCGGCAUGCCAAGCGAGGCGGCGGACUGGACUACGGAGAACAACAUUACCAUGACAUACGGCGGAGGCGCAGUGUUCUUCUCAGUACCUAUGGCGGCCACACUGUCUAAAUUGCCGUGUCUGAAAAAUGAGGGGUCAGAUGAGGCAGCUUACUCGCAAGGAAAUGGGCAAUGGGACGAGCUACUGUAUAGCUGCGUUACACGGCACACCAACGAGGAUCUCGAUGUUAUUCCAAGCUUCUAUGUGCCGAAAGACGGCCAUUACGGCCUACGAACUGGUUAUGAGGGAGGGGUACAGCCAAUGACGCUGCAUCACUACAAACACCGUCACCGAUUCGAGCCGUGGAAAGCGCAUAUGGUGACGUCUUUGUGCGGUGAAGACUGCUUCUUGCAGAGGUUCUGGUUCAAAGAUGGGUGGAUUCUGGUCAAUGGUCACACUAUCUCACAUUAUCCGGAAGGAGUGGAUGUAACUCCACUGAAGAAGAGCUCUCUUCUAAUGACGCAGCACAAUCGCGAGGAGAGAGAGGUCAAGACGGCAAAACGGCUUAUAGUCGAUGACGUGGAGGGUAGGAAUGAUAGGAAUAUCGUUUCAUGGACGGGCGCUAAGAGGACCUGGAGGUUGAUUGAUGCAAGAAUAGGCGCCAAUGGUGCAGUGUGGCAGGCAUAUGUCAAACGAAGAGGCCCGGCGAUUUCGUACGGGGACGACGAUGAUCGGCUGCCGGACGAUAAAGUGCACACGCAAGAAAAGCCAUCAGACGUGGACUCCAUAAUAGUCUUGAUUUGGGAACCGUAA